AUGACAUCAAGAUUAAGCAGUGAAAUUGAGCAAGACUCAACGCUUGAUCUAGUUACAACUUUGUGGUCAUGUAACCUCUGUCAAAACUGCACCAAGCGACCACCGCAGAUCUGCGCUUCCGAGCAAUGCAUCGGCUCUCGAAUCCCUCAACUGCAGAGGUAUCUGGCGUACUAUAACGCACUUCUGUCGACUUACAUCGAUGCAACGUCUCAGUCCAUGCGUAGCAUAAAAACUCACACAGAACUUUUCAGGGUCAUAUCAAUCCUGAGAUUACAUCCAGAUGCGACUCUUUCAGAGCUCUGCCAACUGAUUCAUCCAAAUGUGGACUCACAGCAAGCUAAGACGGCGGAAAAAGUCAAUGCAGUGGCACUUGGAGUUAAGGCACUGCUCAUGAUAGAUCCUUCGGCGCUACACCAUUCAUCAGACAGGCUUGAGAAAGGGACAUUCAGGGUGCACUGGAAAGACGAUGUGCCUUUUAGCAAAUACGUCCAAGACUCCUUCGCACUUGGCAAUCAUGUCAUUCUAAGCUACAAUAAUAGUGAGGCAUUUGUAGAUGUAAAGCGACAGUUGAAAGCAGCCAACCUGAAACGCAGACUCGGGAUCACUAUAAGAGCUACAUGGGAUAUCCGCAACCACUUACACUUCGAUAGAAGAAACAACUACCUCGAGGUCUACCAUUAUACUUCUUUCCUCAAAGAGCAGUUGAGAGUGACUCGGGACGUUGGGGAUUGCUCAAGCCCGUCCUCUUCCCUCAAGAGAGGUGUAUUACCACGCCAACUAGUCCUCGAAGUAUUGGAUUCUCUACAAGGAACUCUGUUCCCGCUUUCGGAUCCAAGAUCCAAGAAACUUCUACGCUCACUCAUAUCGAAGUGCUCUUUCGAUCCAGAUAUUCUCAACUUUGAAGUUAGUUCCGUCAGACGCGUGGGAGAAGAGAGCAUUCCGUAUGUCUAUUUAGCCGACAGGCUAGCAGACUUACACAACGAACUUCAGACUCCGCGACCUCGUGGCUGGCUCCAGAAGUCUAUGCAGAGAAAGAGUGGUGCCAGGCAUGUAAUGAUGGCCACACUUAUAGGAGUCAUCUUUGCUGUGCUCUUGGGAAUAGCCUCGCUCGCUGUCAGUUCGUACCAGGCUUGGAUAGCAUAUCAGGCGUGGAAGCACCCUGUUCAGCCUUCCUAG